GAUGCUGACAUUUCUGGUGAUGCUUCUUGUACUGCCACCUCACACGACAUGCAAAGCUCACAUUGUGAAGUGUCAUGUCCAUGAUCCACACCCUCCACUUCACAAGUAUCACGAGUCAGGAGACGUCAUCCUUGGUGGCAUAGCUUCUCACGGCUACAUCAUCUCCAAUGCCUUAACCUUCACUGAAGAACCCCCACAGGUACUGCCUGAAGAGUUUAU